AUUUAUACGUUGAAUUUUCAAAGUCAUAGCAAAUCGAUCUUCCAGUGCUCAUUCAAUCGAACUGUUCAAGCGGUGUAGUGAGCUGCUUUUUUUUUUUAACGCUUUACUUUGACCGAAAAUAAUCGUUUUUUAUUGGAAUUGGACUACUUCUUGCGUUAACUUAUAAUCUGGCAAGUUAACCGGAUACAUAACUGAUUAACUCGUAAUUUUACAAACAGAAAAUUUAUACCCUAAUAAAAACGUGUUUUGAAGACUCUGAAGGAAGUAAAAAGAUAAAAAUUAAAAAUGGCUUCAGUCACUAGUAUGUCUAGUGCUCCGAGAAGUUUGCAAAAUCUAUUUGCACCAAAAACUACUGAAAUGUGCCUUCGAUGUAAUGCGAGAGUGUAUCAAGUGGAAAAAGUUGGACCAGUUAAUGGGGUUGUCUUUCAUAAGCAAUGCUUCAGGUGUAAGCAAUGUGGACUACCUUUGAGUAUGAGGACUUACUUUACCGCUCCUUCUUUCUCAAAGGAUAUUAAUAAAGAAAUUUACUGCUCUAAACAUAAACCGGAAGGGGAAGCGGUACGCUUAGAUAUUCACUCUUUGGGUCUAAAGCAUGCCCUUUCCGCACCAAAGGCGGUUGAUCCAUACAAUCUGAGACAUCAUUAUGUACCAGGGCAAUUGGGGCCGAAAAUUGAUGGUGCUGCAAUGUUUAUUCGGUCAGCCAUAGCUGGCCAAAAUGCCCGAAAGGAGUAUAAAGCCCCCACUAAUAUGGACAAACAUCAUUUCCCAGCUUUUGUGAUGCAUGCAGCUAAAGCUGAGGCUUUACGAAAAGCUCAGGAGCGUUUGGAGGAGGAAUUUACUCUUGAAGAGGAUGAACUGCAUAAACAAUUUAUCGAAGAGAAAGUUGAACAAGAUAAACAAAUUGAAAAUGAGGUUAAAGUUGAAUGGGAGGAAAAAUUAAAGACUCUUCAGGCGAAAUUUGAUUUGGAUAUAAGGGAGAGAAAAGAUUCUGGCGACAAGGAAGUCAUGACACAAAAAUUCUAUAAAGAAAAGGAAAGAUUAGAAGAGCAUAUGACGCUAAAGAGACAAAAGAAGAAAGCAACAAUGACCCUCAGAUUACAAGAAAAAUCACAAGCAGAAACUUCAAAGAUGAUUGCCGUUCAAAGUGAGAAAUUAUUACAGUUACACAAAGAACAAAUGCAACAAACGAAAGAGGAAAUUGUUGUUGAGUUGGUUGAAGCCAAAGAACGUAUGGAAGCUGAUGGCGAGGAGGCGAAUGUGGAAGCGGUUAAAGAGGCUAUUGAUGCCGUAAAAGCUAUGGCAGUUGAUUUACCUGGACCUCAUCCGCCCUCUUGCCGAAAGCGUGAUUUGUACUUAGAUGCAUCCGAAUUUGAACAAUUGGAUCAGCACGUUUUCGAUAUUGCGGAAAAAGAGCAUGAAAAGUUUACCGACCUUGUUGAGGAAUUAACUGGACCCUGCGUAUCAGACCUACAAAAAGCCAGAGCCAUAUUUAGAUGGAUCACAGUGAAAGAUCUUAAUCAGUUGAAAUUUGACGAUCAAGAAAGCCACAAUUCCGAUUCUCCUAUGGGUAUUCUGAGGGGUAUUAAGUUCGGUACAGAAACGUACCAUACCCUCUUUAUGAGAAUAUGUUCUUACGCCGGUCUAGCCUGUGUGGAAAUAAAGGGCCAUUCAAAAUCAGUUGGCUACGAACCAGGCAUGAAAAUAAAAGAAAAUUUCCAAAAUACUUGGAAUGCAGUCUUACUUCAGAACGAUUGGUGGCCGGUUCAGUGCAAUUGGGGUGCGAGACAUUUGGUGUUAAACAAGGAUGCAGAACCCAAAGAGGAAGCUCCUGUUAAGCGAGGUAGGGAUAAAAUCAGAUAUCAAUACGAUGAGCACUACUUCUUAACCGACCCUGACGAAAUGAUCCAAGAAUUUUGGGCUAAAGAUCCAGAAUGGCAAUUGUUGGAGAAACCAAUAACUAUUGAAGAGUUUGAAGAUAUGCCUUUUGUUAGAUCUGUUUUCUUUCUAUUUGGCUUAGAACACAGUCCAAGAAAUACCAAAGCUAUUAUAGAUUGUGAUUCGAAAGGUGAGGCUCAAGUAAAAAUAAAAGUACCAAAUGAUUUUGCUCCCGAUUUAAUUUUCCACUAUCAACUGAGAAGAGCUGAGAAGGAUAGAAAGAACGAAACGGAUUACAAAGGAGCUAAACUUGAUAGAUUUGUCUUUCAAACAAUCUCCGAAGGUUUUGCCACAUUUAAUGUCUAUUUACCAAGUCCAGGUCAGUUCUUCCUUGAGAUAUUUGCCAACAAAAUCGACAAUUCCCAUCGUUUGGGAGAAGACUCAAAUUCAAUUCAACCAUUUCGAUUAAAAUGUGCUUGCAAAUUUCGUAUUCGUUGCUCAGAAAUUGCCGGGAAAAUGCAUCCUUUGCCAGCUUGCUCUCCAGGUGAAUGGGGUCCAUCUAAGGCAGAAAGACACUUUGGAAUGAAACCAAAGACACAUAAAACGGGUCUGAUAAAUAUUGAUGAUCCAACUGGAGAAUGCUUUUUAGAAUUUCAUGUACCAAGACCUUUGUACUUUUUAAUCAAGCUGAGAAAGAACGACGUAACAGAAUCGCUAUUGCAAAAGUAUGUUACUCACUCUAUGGUCACUGAUACUACUUGGAAUAUACGAAUUCAAGCACCUGAUAGGGGCCAAUACGGUCUUGAUAUUUACGCAAGACCAGAAGAUUCAAGGGAAUCACAAUCUUUAUCUCAUGCCUGCAAAUAUCUUAUAAAUGUUUCCAAGCUUCAUCAACCAGACAAUCAUUACAUGCGUCAAUUAUCAAAGGAGAAGAAAGAGAAAAAUGGCUCAAAAUCCCCUGACCAUUCUUCUCUUAAAUUGGGUAGGACGGAGGGUUUUAAUCAACUCGGUAUGAGCCUUCUGUCACAUCCUAGCCCUGAAAUAGAGGUACAACAAGGGAAUAGCCUAUUAAUCGAGAUUGGAGCUGGAAGUAGCUCUCUAAAACUCUCCUGUCAUCUGACGAGAGAGAAUGAAAACUACGAAGAUAGAGUUUCAAUUAAAGAUGGUAAUAAAAAGCAUAAAAUUAAUAUUGGGUCGCUAGAGAUGGGUACCUAUAUACUAACAAUAUUUGGGAGAAGGAAGAAGGACGAGGGAAAUAGUAUGAGUCAAUUAUUUACUUACUGCAUACAUUGUACCCGUCCAUCUGCUUCUUUUCAAAAUACUGGCAGUAAAAAGAAGAAAAGCCUCUUCAAGUGAGUCGUACCCCAAGUGAUGUAGCCUAGAGAUCGAAUGGCCUUCAUCUUUCCAAUUAUCUAAAGUAAACUAGUAAAUUUACCAAAAAAUAAUAAAAUGGAAUUGGAAAAGAAGGUUAAUUUGUUUUGGGUAAGAAGUAGAACUUCCGGUAAAGUUCUUCAUGUAUUUUUCUCAUAUCUUUCUUUUUCAACUUUUACUCUUUUUUUAUAUAUAAAAUUUUUUUCUUAAAGGAAAGAUAUUUAUAUAUGUAAAACAAAGAAAAGAUUAUAAUCGUCAUAUCUAAAUAUUAAGUUUUUAAUAUUAUUAAUAUUACCAUAUUCAUCAAAUUUUUUUUUUUGCUUUGUUAUUUGUGUGAAAAAUUUUAUUAUAUUUUUAUUAGUUUUUUUUAUAAAAAAAAAAAGAAAGGCAACUUUUGCAAAUAAAAAGGAAAAAAAUGUUCAAUAAAAUAGUUACAGAAGAAGUAAAAGAUAAGGAGAAAUAGUAAAGGGAUAAUUCAUUGAAAAGAAUAUCUUAACAAAACUAAAUGUUCUUGUUCCAUGUUUUUUAAAUCUAUAUUACAAUAUCUCCUUUUCUUUUUAUUUUUCUUAUCUCAUUCGUUAGUUAGUUCAUAUCACGCACUAUUUUUUCACUUAUUUAAUUAUUUACAUCAUCUUCAAUCAAUCAGCUUAAUGAGCUGCGUAAACAUCUCAACUCAAAGCCAAUUGUUUGUCGGGGUUUACGUUAGAGAAAAGAUCAUUGAUUACAUAAAAGAGUAAAAAAGGUUGGAUAGAUAAAGAGAAAGAGAGGAAAAUAAAAUCUUGAUUAGAUUAACUUAAAUUGAUAAAAAAAAAGAGAAAAUUUUACCUUAAAUAUAUUCUUGCUGAGUCUAAUUGUUCCUUUCUAUAUGAUGUUUUAGACAAUCUUUUCUCCUAGCCAAAAGUUAUGUGCAAUAAAGGACGCUACUUAGAGCGUACUGAUGGAAAAUAUUUUCCCAGAGGCUUUUUAUCAUUGGCUAUUUGCUUGGCUUCUCACUUUAAAGGUGCUUAUACUGUUUACAUCAGUAAAUAUGCCUGAAUAAUAUAAAUUUAUAUAUAUGUACAUAUGUUUUUUCAUAUAUAAAAGAAAAUGAAUAUAGUAAUAAGUUUGGUAAUACUCACUUUAUGCAUAUAGGCCCAGCACAGUAUGAGAUUUGAGGAAUCUAGUCAUAGCCAGUCCUCUUUUUUUUUCCUAUUUAUAAUUGGCAAUAAUUUACCGCAAAUAACAAGUGAGAAAAGGAAUUCAAUUGAAUAUUUUACUUAGCAAAGAGGUUAUUUCUCUUUUUUCUUCUUAUUUAGCUAAACACAUUCCAUAUUAAAAAUAUUUGAAAUAAAAACACAUUUUAAUUGUUACAAAGGUGUAUGUAUUAAGUAAAAUGUGACCCAAAAAUAAACUUGAAAGAUAUAGUCAUAAACAAUAUAUAUAAACACGUUUUUUCAUAAACUUAGUUAUUUAUAAUAUUAUUGAUAGUAAAUCAAGCUCAAGAGUAACGUGAUGUUAUUGUCUGUUUUAAGUCUGUCUAUACACACAUUUAUAUAUAUAUAUAUAUAUCGAUAGUAAUACUUCAUUUGUUUAUUUUAUUUGUUUAUUUACCUAUCUCUAUCUUAACUAUAUCUUGACACAAACUAUUCUUGUUUUUUGUUAGCU